CAUUGAAGAACGUAACCGAAGGCACCCUUCUUUGAAAAUUCUUUGAUAUCUGCGUCAUAAAAUACUCUUCAUAUCAAUCUUACAAAAUUUUGAAUUCGAUAAAGACUGGAGAAAGUAGACAACAAUAUUACUCUGUAAUUUGGCAAAGUUGUGUCGGCGAAGAUUUUGUUGGACUCUUUUUCUCGGACCGAAAUAACUGGAUCCAGUGGAUCAAUCAGCAUGCAAUGGAGUCAGACAUUCUUCAAGACCAUUCAGUUGCCUCUCAAGAUACUGCUAUUGUGAAAUCGGGAAAAUGGCUUCGUGAUUUUGUCACUAAAUGGAUAGCUUGAAAAACAUUUUUACCGCGUAAUUCGAACGUUUCCAAAGAAUUGGUUGUCUUUCAUAUUUUAUAGUCGUUAUCUUUGUUACGGAAUUUUGUGGAUCUAUCUGUGGCCUAGAAUUUUAGAGAACUUUAGAAGGAAUGACCUCCCACGCACCCGCACGAACGAUCUGCACCGGAAGCUCAGUUUCCAGCGCGUUCUCUGCGUUGCAUCUUCUAAGGAGUUACAGCUUGUUCGCGCCAUCCUCAGACCUGUGUAGAUACGAGCCGUACAAUUCCAGAGACUAUAAUUUGGGGGAGCCUGACAUUCUAGCAAGUUCUAGUGCAAGAGAUACUACGAUUAGACGAACGCCAUCUCCACUAUCACCUUCAGCGUUGUCUUCGAGUUUCUCCCUUCCGGGUUCCCUACUUCCACCACCAUUUUUAUCAAGCGUGCCGCCUUUGAUGCAAUCUAUAAGCGUGCCACAACCGUUCUCGAAUGUUAAUGCUGGUGGCAUGGUGACCCGUCACUUUUUGGGUACAAACGGAAUCACGAGCGCGCAACGACGACCCAGGAGUGAAAAAAAGCCGAUUCCCGACGAUCAGAAGGAUGAGAAAUAUUAUGAAAGACGCAAACGUAAUAAUCAGGCCGCGAAAAAGUCUAGGGAUGCUCGAAAAAUUCGGGAGGACCAUAUCGCAUUACGGGCGACGAUGCUGGAGCAUGAGAACGCGAUUUUGAAGGCACAGAUAAUAACACUUCGAGAGGAAGCGCAAUCGUUGAGACACAUGUUAAUUAAACAACAAACGCCAGCAUUACAAUCGAUCCAACGCUCGAUCACGUCUAUAGCACCUGUUACAUUGUCACCACCGCAUUCUAAGCCGACUUUAGAUUGCCAGAUCUAAAAUUAAUUCAAUCCAAAUAAAAUACAAACGAAUUUUCGUUUGCGUGAAGUACGACGAUUCAUCGGACACGUCCCUGUGACGAAAAUGUUUUCAAAACAAUGGUUUCAUUUAUUAUUCGUACUAGCUCAUACGUUAGCACUGUUAACAAACUCGAUUAUAAGUCUACAAGUCACAAGUUGAGAAAUUUGAAAUUCGCACGUAAAACACGUCAAGAACGGCAAAAACUGGUGUCCCUCGAAAAUGUCAGCGUGACAUUUUCGGACGAAUUUUCAUUUCUCGGAAUUAUAUAGUCAAUUUGUAAAUAGUUAAAUGAUAUAUUUAUUUUAUAACUGUUGACGAAUAAAUAAUCUACGCAUUACGAAUAAAUUAGUCUUAUCUUUAUGUAGCUAGCGCUCGAAAUAGAUCACAUUGAGAGUGUCUCACGAAUAUUUCUAAUAAACAAAUACAUAUAUCUAUGUA